GUAUAUGACGCAGCAAUAGGAUCAUCAAAAUUUCCAUUUGAUCAAAUAACUAGGCAAAAUGCGCUGAACGCGCUAUAUGCUUUAUAUAACAUGAGAAAUGUUCCUUAUUUCGCAAAAAUGGCAUUACCUAAUUCGUGCAUUAAAUGAAAAAUGUGUAAAGACUGGUGUAAACUAUCAUUUUUGGUUGGUUUAAUAAGUCCUAAAAUUACGGCUUCCAAGCCUCCCUCUCCCGACUAUCACAGUUGCCAAACUGCACAUUGUGGAUGCUUUGAGUUUAGUUAAUAAUCUUUGUUUUUACAUUUUUUUGUUUCUUUUAGUUUUGCUUUGUGUAUCACGAAAAUGUACUUUAUAAACACAUUGCAUUCGGAGCCUGGUAAAGCAGAUCAAUAGUAAACGACCUUAAUCUUUUUUUAAUUGUGAGAAACAAGGUCAAAAAAUUCGAGGACAUGUGUUUGAGUCCUCAUUUGGCGACAGGUCCUUAGUUGUGGCGGGUGUAACAUAGGUUCUCACAAUCCUGCUUAAUGGGUAAACGAUGAAACAUUUACAGUUGUAUAAAAACAAACGUAAACACAUUCCUUGAGCAUCAAUUAGGUUUCCAAAGAAUAUGCACGUUAUACUUUACUAAAAACUAGCAGUCGAAGAAAAUGAAUUUCCAAGAAACACUUCGUCCCUCAAAAAAAGUAUAAUUUAAGGACCUUCUUAGAAAAAGACAUCAUUGCAUUUUAAUAGCUCUUCACCCUUAAAAUGACUAUUCAGCAUUAAUACUGGGUUACAAAAACCGAGGACAUGUGUUUAGGUCCUCACUUACUCAAAGGUCCUCACUUAGCAAGGCUGCUGCAUAAACAAGUCCCCAGUUGUAUACGACCGUCAACGUACACACACACACAAACACAAAUGAUUAUGAUUAUGUUUACAUUUAACAUUUUACAUUUCCUUCUUUAUCCGUUUGUAAAAAUAUUUAGUUGUUAUGCCAACAAAGUAAAAGUCUUUUAUGAGCUAAUUGUAAUUCGAUCUUGAAGAUAAAGCGAUACAAGGAAUUUUAAAAUAAUCGUAUAAACCGAGUAUCUGAUAGCAGCAAUACUAUGAACACUUUCGUCGACUCAAGUAAAUAUCGCUUUAUACAAUUGGGUGUGCUUUUGUGGUAUCUACGUUUAGCUUUCGGAGGAGCAGUUGAACCUAAAGCAUCAAAUGUAACAGUAAUGCGUGGUGAAAUGCUAGAAAUAAGUUGGACAGUAAGUCCCGCAAGUGGUGAACGUGUCACUAGUUUGCAAGUAUAUGUGUUGCCCAACAUCACUUCUGAAAUAUUAACUGGUAGCAGUCCACUUGUGUCAGUUUAUGGAGAAACUGUAUUUGGUGUUGGUAGAUUGUCUGCUACAUUUGAUGGCUCGACAUACAAGUUGAUGUUAAAGAAUUUAAGUUACGCUGAUAGUGUAACAUUUCAACUUUUUACAAUUUUUGUCAUUGGCAUUCAAUCUGAUAUCAAAACAUCCGAAAUUCAGGUUACUGUAAUUAGUUUUGGAGGAACAGUUGAACCUGAAGCAACAAAUGUAACAGUAAUGCGUGGUAAAAUGUUAGAUAUAACUUGGAAAGUAAGUCCCGCAAGUGCUGAACGUAUCACUAGUUUGCAAGUAUAUGUGUUGCCCAACAUGACUUUUGAAAUAUUAUCUGGUACCAGUCCACUUGUGUCAAUUUAUGGAGAAACUGUAUUUGGUGUUAGUAGAUUGUCUGCUACAUUUGUUGGCUCAACAUACAAAUUGAUGUUAAAGAAUGUAAGUUACACUGAUAGUGUAACAUUUCAACUUCAAGCAAUUUUUCUCAUUGGCACUAAACAUGAUGUCAAAACAUCCGAAAUUCAGGUUACUGUUAAUGGUAUUCCAACCUUGUGUGGCAGAAACUUAGAAUCAAGAUACACGGUAAAUGAAAAUCGCACUUUGAGUCUUGUUCAAGUUAUAUGUGGACAUCCUAAACCCGAAGUUGAAUGGAAAGUGGGAGACGACAACUUCAGUAGAUCAUACAAUUCAUCUUACAUGAAUACUGCAAUCAGACAGCACAAAUAUACAUUUAGAACACGACCAAUCACUCGCAAUGAUUGUGGACGAACCCUCAUAGUCGUUGCCAAUAACACCGUAGGAAGUAUGAAAAGAAAUGCAAAACUUGAUGUUGAAUUUGUACCUUCGCUGGUCUCUAUGGUAUCGUUGUCCAGAUAUAAUAAAACCUGUGUUAGUGUCACUUGGGAUGGAGAAGACACUGGGAAAUGUGUUGUCAGCUAUCAUUUGCAGUUUGCUAGUAGAGAGACUAUUUAUAACUCUUCUAACAGAUAUUUUACACUAUGCAAUUCUUCAGAUGUUGACACUGUUAUUAUUUGGGCAUCAUACAAGGGAAAGAAUGGUUGGAAACUUGUCAGUAGGAUUAGCACCACGACCUCGUCACCAUAUUUCACCUCGACGACUAAUAUUGCGACGACCAAUGCAGGAAAAAGUGUACCGAGAACAUGUGACUGUCAAUCCACCAGUAACGUUAUCAUUGCGAUCGUCGUCACAUUAGCUAUCACACUGAUUUUAAUUACAAUUAUUUUUAUAAUUUUUAAACAUAAAGGUUAUAUUACUGUCAGCAUAAACCAGAAGAGACGACCACAAAGCAAUGAAAAUGGAAGUGACGAUUAUGAGGAAACAGGGGCAACGACAUCUCAUUAUGCGGAUAUCAACACCAAAGCUGUGAAACCCAGCAUAUAUGCAGAUUUGACAACGACAGCUGACCAUUCAAAGCAGUAUGCUGAAAUUGAGUUGCAUAAACAGGACACAUACUCCAAUAUCAGGGACUGAAAAUAACCAAUUAUCGGAUAUCAUCUACACAAGCUCUUCAUCUUCAUAAACUUGGUCUGUGAAAAUGUAUUUUUACCACCAUCUAAGGGUAUUAAUUUUUGAAUUAGACAAUUUAAUAAAAUACGUCUGCUCUAAUUGGUAUUGGUUUACAUUGCAUUAAAAGAAAAUUUAUAUUGAUUGCAAUAGUCAUUUUUAAAAUUUAGCUUUUAUAAUAUACCACAGGUGUAGGUAAAAUCCUCAUAUGGGAGUUCUUAAAUUUAGAAAACCUGUUGCAACCAUUUAUUUCAUUUCUGUAUCCAAACCUCCUCAUGAAAAUGAGACAUGGGAUGGUAUACACGAAAAUGAAGUCUUUUAACUACGAUGAGAACUGCCUUGUAUCGGUCUUCCUGAAGUAGAAUACAAUUCAAAUAUUUUGCAUAUGGCAAACUUUUCUUUCUAA